CUGCUUGCGCACGCAUGCGCAGAAGUGGCGAUGCGUGGUUGCUGCUGAGGAAGUUUCUCUGGUUGGGGGGUUUGUAGCGGCGGCCGCUGUUGGGACUCGCCCCUGCACCCCUCCCCCCCCGGCCGUUGUACUUGGCGGCCUGAGACGCCCCCAGCUGAGCACCAGCCGAAGGCGCGGGAGGAGGCGCAGGCGCAGGCGCAGGCGCGGCGCUUCCAAAAUGUCGCAGACAGCCAUGUCCGAGACCUACGAUUUCCUCUUUAAAUUCUUGGUUAUUGGAAAUGCUGGAACUGGCAAGUCCUGUUUGCUUCAUCAGUUUAUUGAGAAGAAAUUCAAAGAUGACUCAAAUCAUACUAUAGGAGUCGAAUUUGGUUCAAAGAUAAUAAAUGUAGGGGGUAAAUAUGUAAAAUUACAGAUAUGGGACACAGCAGGACAAGAAAGAUUCAGGUCUGUAACAAGAAGUUACUACAGAGGUGCAGCGGGUGCUUUGCUUGUCUAUGACAUUACCAGCCGAGAAACCUACAACGCACUUACUAAUUGGUUGACGGAUGCAAGGAUGUUAGCAAGUCAAAAUAUUGUUAUCAUACUGUGUGGGAACAAAAAGGAUCUUGAUGCAGAUCGUGAAGUUACUUUUUUAGAAGCAUCCAGGUUUGCACAAGAAAAUGAGCUGAUGUUUUUGGAAACAAGUGCACUAACCGGGGAGAAUGUUGAAGAAGCCUUUGUACAGUGUGCAAGAAAAAUACUUAAUAAAAUUGAAUCAGGUGAACUGGAUCCAGAAAGGAUGGGCUCAGGAAUUCAGUAUGGAGAUGCUGCCUUGAGACAGCUGAGAUCCCCACGUAGAGCACAGGCUCAAAGUGCUCAAGAGUGUGGCUGUUAAAAAAACACAACAAAACAAACUAAACACUUGUUCUAGAAACAAAAGAUGUCCAUGCAAUUGGUGUUUGUAGCAACAACUGACACAGCUUGAAGGCUAUGCAGGUUUUUUAAAACAUCUUUACUACUGUAUGUGAACAGAAAAACCACUGCUGGAAAAACAGAACGGUAUGGUGGUAGGCAGGAAUGUGCAUAUGACAUAGCAGACUGCAAAACAAAUACUUCAGUGGACAGUACUAAGACUCACCUAUAUGUAAACAUUUUCCGUUACAUAUUUUUGUCAUUCACCUUUAAAGUAUUGCUGUAUACUGUAUAUAAUGUAAUAGUAAAUUUCCAAAGCAUGAUAUACUUAUGUUUGAUAUAAUAAAUGUUGCACUAAAAGCAA